CAACCCGGUCCUGUAGCUUAUCACCUCCCUUCCCGUCCGCUCCUGCCUGCUAGCUCUCGCUGGACUCGGCAGUUGUGGGAGCGCGCAGGCGCGGCGAGCAACUCUUCAGAGCGCUGAGUAGCGGAGAGGGACGCGCGAGAACCUUCAUCAUCCAGGACCUGCCAGAGGCCACGAAAAAAUAUGGGGAGGGUUUUCCUCACGGGAGAAAGAGCCAAUUCAGUAUUAAAACGCUACCGAAGAGCUAAUGGACUUUUUGAAGAAAUAAGACAGGGCAACAUUGAACGUGAGUGCAAAGAAGAAGUCUGCACAUUCGAAGAAGCCAGGGAAGCUUUUGAAAAUAAUGAGAAAACUAAGGAGUUUUGGAGUACCUACACAAAAGCGCAACAAGGAGAGAGUAACAGAGGAAGUGACUGGUUUCAGUUUUAUCUUACCUUUCCACUAAUCUUUGGCCUCUUCAUUAUCCUCCUUGUCAUUUUCCUUAUCUGGAGAUGCUUCCUAAGAAACAAAACUCGUAGACAGACAGUGACUGAAAGCCACAUUCCUUUCCCUCAGCACCUUAACAUCAUCACUCCACCUCCCCCACCAGAUGAAGUGUUCGAGAGCACUGGGUUGUCUCCAGGCUUUCUGGAAUAUGUAGUUGGGCGCUCAGAUUCUGUCUCCACUCGCCUGUCCAAUUGUGAUCCCCCACCAACCUAUGAGGAAGCCACUGGCCAGGUGAACCUGCGGAGGAGUGAAACAGAACCUCAUUUAGAUCCACCCCCUGAAUAUGAGGACAUAGUCAACUCCAGCUCAGCCAGUGCCAUAGCUAUGGUGCCUGUGGUCACCACCAUCAAAUGAAGCUGCAAACUUCUUUUUAUUCUAAUCAUUUUUUAAAAUACUAAUGAAAGAACUUUCUAGCACUUUACCACUACAUAAAUGUGUAUUGACUUAUUUUAUUAGACUCAGUAUACCACUUCAUUCUUACUGGUUUGAUUUUCUUUAGUUUUGUUUCCUAUCACAAAAUCAUUAUCCAUGAUCAUUUUUGCUAGAGGAAAUAUGUGAAAAAGGAAAAACAUACCAGUGAGAGUCUUCAUGUGAUAUAUGUAUAUGUAUGUAUGUAAGUGUGUGUGUGUGUGUGUGUCUGUAUAUACACACACACACACACACACACAUAUACAUAUAUCCAUGUGUGUGCAUCAACCCAGUAUAUUUGCAACUGUCUUAAAAAUCCAUUAACUUCUAUCUAAAUCACCUGUAAAGACAGCAUUACUCACCAUAACUGGGGAAAAAAAGGGCACCAAGAAUUUGUCAUACAUAGCCAUAAACAUGGUGCAGAGUUUUGCAAAAAGGAUGUACUUAGCAUGUUUCCUAAUUCUUACGGGUUUUUGUUAAUCUAUUUCUUCAUCUACCUUAAAAGAGCAAAAAAAAAGUAUGGAGUCAUUCUCCAUUUUAGAAACAUCUCAGAAAAAGAUAAAGAGAGCAUGUACAUGCAGUACUUAAAGGGUUUUAGCAACAAAAUCUUUGCUCCUUAGUGGUAUCUGGCACAUUUUGUACUAGAGAUUUUCUUCUUGGUUGACUACCACCCACCACCCACCCCUGCCUUUAAAUGUUUUGUCUAGCAUCUUUGAAUGUCUCAUGCUAUUUUUAUUAAUAUCUUGGUGGGGAGGAUUUCCUGGCAAUGGAAUAAUUUCUAAGGAGGAUAAAUGUAUUAAUAACAGGCAAUAGAUACCAAUUAGUCCUUGUUCCUGGGGGGAGGCAGUAAUUAUUUUCUUCUUGCAAUUUUGUUGCCUUAUACUGUACUAUUAACUCACUCUCUCCUACCACCACAAAAUCUUCAAGCACCCAUGAGUUCAAUUAAAAUAAAAAUUCUGCAAUUCUUAAUGUUUUUGUACAGUCUGAAGUCUUUGCCUGAAGAUGAUUACAAGACCACUUGCCAUUAAAUUAUAAACUGUGGUUUUUACAUUGCCCUUCAGUUGGUGAAAAAAGACUACAAGACACAUGUUGUGGCAGGUGCACACUAAAUCUAGUUACAGUCCCACACACAUCUCAUUAUUGUUGCCAUUUCAUUUUGUAUUUUCAUUCGAUUUUUUUAAAAUGCAGGGUUUUUAUUUUUCCCUUGAAGCAGAAGGAACAGGCUCAGAAAGAAAAAAAAAAGGAUCAACUGAGAUUGUGCUUAUUAUAAUUUCUCCAACAUGGAGAGCCAUCCAAGUGUGAGAUUCUGGUAUUAUUAUUGUGCUUCAGGGAGAAUUUUCUCCCUCUGUUUCCCAAAAAUUGAUCAGAGCUUUCACAUAAUGAGAAAUAGAACAGGCAUCUCCUUAAAUGCCUAACAUCUUCCCAGUCUGAGUAUGUGAGCUGUUGCCUAACCCUUGCUAUACUCUGGUCUAUACCAAAGCUGUGCCAACUUAAAAAUGAUUGCCGACUCAAUCAAACAAGGUUUAGAAAUGGAAAGGAAAAUAAAACAUGUGAGUUUAGUUAAUAGAUGUCCCAGCUUCCAUAGACCAAAACUGAUGAUAUCUUGAUAGUGGUCUCAGGAACAAUAAUAUUGUUUCAAAUUUUGCCAUGACUACAUGGUGAUCUUUGGUUUCUAAUUUUCAUCAUAAUAUAAAGAGAUUAUUUGACUUUUCACUCUCAUUCUCCUAACAAAGAGUUAAAAAAUGUAAAUCAAUACUGUUUUCCCACACAUCUUUUUUCUGUUUUAGAAAUCACAGCUAUUUUUCAUCAAAAUAUUAUUUAUUUAUGUUGGCACAUAAUGAUUUUUUAAGUGAAUUAUACUUAAUUUUUUCCAGUUUAUUUUUUAAUAUGGUAAAUACUGAUAGAUAUAAAUCUCCUAAGUAAUAGUGCUUUGGCAUCCGGAUCCCCAUAAAUGUUAAGAGUAGAAAGAGGGGAUCUAGAGAUCAAAAGUUUGAGAACUAUAAGAUUAGGCAAACACAAUAGUCUAUAUUUUGUAUCUGUUCUUCAGAUGUUAUUUUACAUUUUAAACUCCUGAUACUGGUUUUAAUGCCACCUCUUAGAUAUACCUGAAUUGAAGUACAAGCAUGAAUAUUGGCCGGGUGCAGUGAUGCAUGCCUAUAAUCUCAGUAGCUCAGGAGGCUGAGACAGGAGGAUUGUGAGUUCUAAGCCAGCCUCAGCAAAGGCAAGGCACUGAGCAACUCAGUGAGACCCUGUCUCUAAAUAAAAUACAAAAUAGGGCUGGGGAUGUGGCUCAGUGGUCAAGUGCCCCUGAGUUCAAUCCCCAGUACAAAAAAAAAAAAAAAAAAAAAAAAACACAGAAUGUUAAUCCUUAAAGCAAAAGCCAAAUUUUUAAACUGAUUGAUAACUACAGCUUUUUAGAAUGUUGGUUAAAGAAAACCUACUCCAUAGUAAUAGCUCCAUCAGCCACAAAAUCUCAUGGCAGCUUUCACAUAAUGAUGAGUGAAUAAACAAGAUACCACUUUCUUCAUGAAACAUUAUCUUAGGUUUGUUUUGUUUGAAUAUGGUUUGGGUUUUAUAUUUUUAAAAUCCCUUUUGCUACCCCAUCUGGUUUUAUAAACUGAGUUUCUUAACAUUUAUUAUAAUUAAGGGGCUUGUCUGGAAUAAUAUAUAUUUUUAUGCUUUUGCCUUUCUUAUCUGAUUGAUAUUGCAUUUGCCUUUGAUCAUUUUUAACAAAGGUUUAUUUUUGCAGAAUGUAUUUAGUACCUUUCUUAAGCAGUAACUAAGGUGAAUCAACUAGUUUGUAUUGAAAUUAAAGAAUGGACUCAAUGGUCUUCCAGCGGAAUGCUUUACAAACCUCCACAUGCAGUGGUUGUGUCUGGAUUCCUGGAACUGGCACUUUUUGCUUCCCUGCUCUAAAAGUCACAAUAAAUCAUAUUUGUUUAAAGGAAAUAAAAUGAUUUAUUCUUUGCCUAUUGACCAAUGCAAAUGGAGAUGUUGUGUUUAUUACAUUGCUAAUGAUGACUUCUUCAAGACUGAUUUGAUCCAAUAACUGUGGAGGUAGCUUUAACUUGGUUCUAUGUAAAUAGCAUGUAUUUUAUUCUAACAUUUCACAUUUUUAAAUGCUUGGUUUACAUUAAAUUAUGGUAUUUAACUAUUUUUAUGUUUAUACUAGGUAGGGGUUUUCUUAUGUUUCUGUGUUUUUAGUAUGCUAAAUAAAGCUAUUUUUAAACCCAA